UGCAUUUUGAAAAAAAGCCCUAGAGCUCUGAUAGAGAUCAUCAGUGUCAGUGACACGCCCCAAUCCCCAACCGGAGGUCGAACGAACGCGCACAGUCGACCGUGUGAGCGACGGAGCGCCGUCGCAAGCGCCGAAGAUUCUCUCCCCGUGCGAGCGCCGUCGCGUUAGCCCUUCUCUCAAUCCGCCGAGCCUCUCUUUGCCGCCACGAUCACCGGCGGUCGUCCCGGGCCGUUAGAAGCGAUCUUGAAGGUUACCUUUUGGUUUUUGGAGAUGAGACGAACCACAGCCGCCAUUGGAGCAAAGCUUCCAUACCCAAUAAAUCCCUCCACCAGGCAAACCCUAAUUACCUUCUCCACCUCCUCCUUCGGCCGUGGUCGUGGCCGUGGUGCCCCUCCCCCUCGAUCCGACUUUUCCACACCUCCGCGGGCCCCGGGCCAGCCACCCGAUGAGGCACCGCUGACACCCCAGGAAGCCUCGCCUCUAAGUCAUGAUCAUGGCCGUGGCCGCGGCCGGGGCCAGCCCCUACCUCCUGUCUCCCCAAUCAUCCCUUCCUUCUCCUCCUCCAUCUCUUCUGGUGCCGGUCGCGGCAGAGGAGGCUCCUCUUUCAAAACCGUUCUGCCUCCGCCUCCUCCGCUACCACAACAAGAGAUCCAGGACAUGGAAGAAGCUCCUCCAGUAGCCGUGGAUGAUGGCGGCUCUAUGCCAGAGAGUAUUGCCUCAUUGCUGCCUGGAGUAGGGAGGGGACAACCGGAAAAGCAGCCAGAGAUCCAACAACAUGUGAAUCGACAUGUCCAGCGGCGGUGGGCUCCGGAGUCGGCUGUGGUGAAAGAAUCUAAACCAAAAGAGGCGGUUGCAGCUUCGGCUGCGCCAAAAAUGAGCCAGGAGGAGGCGUUGAAGCACGCAAUGGAGGUGUUUUCGCGGAACGAAGCAAAUGGUGGAAGAGGAAGAGGUAGAGGCAGAGGCAGAGGCAGAGGGAGAGGAAGAGGGAGGUUUGUGAAGGAAGAGGAGGAUGAGAAGGAUACGUGGCUUAAUGUUGGUGACGAUGCUGAUGGGGAGAGGCUUGCUCAGAGGCUUGGCCCUGAAAAGACGAGUGUGUUGACUGAAGCCUUUGAGGAAAUGGGAGAGAAGUUGAUUCCUGCCAUCGACGAGAUGCAUUUGGAUGCCCUCGACAUGAAUUUCAAGUUAGAGUUUGAACCGGAGUUUUUGAUGGGAGACCUUGAGAGUAAUCCUGAUAUUGACGAGAAGCCACCUAUCCCUCUCCGGGAUGCACUUGAGAAGGCGAAGCCAUUCCUCAUGGCAUACGAGAAUAUUGAAAGCCAAGAAGAGUGGGAGGAAAUUAUGAAGGAGACGAUGGAGAGAGUUCCAUUGUUGAAAGAGAUUGUUGAUCAUUAUAGUGGGCCGAAUAGGGUUACGGUGAAGAAACAACAUCAAGAAUUAGAUAGGGUCACUAAGACUCUGCCCGCAAGUGCACCCAAUUCUGUAAAGCAAUUCACUGAGCGUGCAGUACUUUCUCUCCAGAACAACCCUGGCUGGGGAUUUCACAGGAAAUGUCAGUUUAUGGAUAAGCUGGUGGCACGAAUGUCCCAGCAUUACAAAUGAGGACAAAAUAAUUCUAGUUGCUUUAUGGAUAAGCUGCUGCACUCUCAUGCCCAAGCUCCUCCGGCGAAAUGAAAUCCGCGGAAAGUUUUGAACUCAAAGGGUAUUAGGACCUCAGUUUAUGCAAUUGACUUGUAUUUCUUCCCAAAUUUUGCUUAUGGCUCAUCUUGUUAUGUCAUAUAGGACCACGAGGAUGCUUCUUUACUUAGCGUCUUGCCUAAGGUUGAUCUUCAAUAUCUAUGAUGAUCGUCUAAUUCCUUUUUUUACUUCAACUGCAAUGGUCAAGAUUUACACACUUGGCUCUUGUAUUCUCUCACACCUCAUACUGUAAUCUUUUUUCUUUUUUUGGUAAAUAUACUUCAAUCUUGUUUGUUUAUUAAGGAGACGCGCUUUAAACAUGUGCAUGGCAACCAUUUCUUAAUAUGAUCUCACACAUUGUUUA